GCGGCGGCGGGCGCAGCAUGAGGCGGGUGACGCUGUUCGUCAACGGCAGCGCCCGCAACGGGAAGGUCGUCGCUGUGUAUGGGACUCUCUCAGAUCUGCUCUCUGUGGCCAGCAACAAGCUUGGGAUCAAAGCCACCAGCGUUUACAACGGGAAAGGGGGGCUCAUUGAUGAUAUUGCUUUGAUUAGGGAUGAUGAUGUUUUGUUUGUCUGUGAAGGGGAGCCCUUUAUUGACCCUCAGACUGAUGGGAGAGCUCAGGAGGAGCUGACAGGGUCCCACACAGACUGGCUGACUCUCAAUGUGGGAGGCAGAUAUUUCACCACCACCCGGAGCACUUUGGUUAACAAAGAACCUGACAGUAUGUUGGCACACAUGUUCAAAGACAAAGAUGCUUGGGGGAAUAAGCAAGAUCCUAGAGGAGCUUUCCUCAUUGACCGCAGUCCCGAGUAUUUUGAGCCCAUUUUGAACUAUUUGCGGCACGGACAGCUCAUUGUAAAUGAUGGCAUUAAUUUGCUAGGGGUUCUGGAAGAAGCCAGGUUUUUUGGGAUUGACUCCCUCAUUGAACACCUGGAAGUUGCUAUUAAGAACUCGCAGCCAGCCGAGGAUCACUCUCCCAUCUCUCGGAAGGAGUUUGUCCGGUUCCUGCUGGCCACGCCCACCAAGUCCGAGCUGCGCUGCCAGGGGCUGAAUUUCAGUGGGGCCGACCUUUCCCGCCUGGAUCUUCGCUACAUCAACUUCAAGAUGGCCAACCUGAGCCGCUGCAACCUGGCCCAUGCCAACCUGUGCUGUGCCAACCUGGAGAGAGCUGACCUGUCUGGCUCCGUGCUGGAUUGUGCAAACCUGCAGGGGGUGAAGAUGUUGUGUUCCAACGCAGAGGGAGCAUCCCUGAAGGGCUGCAACUUUGAAGAUCCGUCAGGCCUUAAAGCUAAUUUGGAAGGUGCCAACCUGAAGGGAGUGGACAUGGAGGGCAGCCAGAUGACCGGCAUCAACCUGAGAGUGGCCACGCUGAAAAACGCCAAACUCAAGAACUGCAACCUGCGAGGGGCCACGCUGGCAGGGACUGACCUGGAGAAUUGUGAUCUGUCAGGUUGUGACCUGCAAGAAGCAAAUUUGAGGGGAUCCAAUGUGAAAGGAGCCAUCUUUGAGGAGAUGCUGACACCCCUGCACAUGUCCCAGAGUGUCAGAUAGGGGCAGAGGAUGCUGGAGAGGAAGGAAUCAGACAUUCAUUGUGACUUGCUUCACCUCCUCCCCUUCCUGAGUUACAGUCAUGGUUAUUAGCCACCUUACAUUUGCAGUAGUGCCUAGGUAAACUCUUUUUGAUCACUUUUGGGGAGGGAAUUUUGAUUUUC